AUGUCAAACCGUGACUCACUGGGGUUUGGGGACCUGCUUCCCCAGGGUGUUGACAUUUUUGCCCAGGAGAAGCACAGGAAAAGAGGGCGAAAGAAGCGUUCUCGCUCCCUGGGUCGCGCUUUGGUGCUGAAGGGUAAGAGGAGGAACAGACUCAAUGCGAAUGGGCAAAACCCAGGUCUGGGUCCUGCGCUUGACCUGGCUUUGGAUGGGCACCCUGCUGGGAAUCAGGGUGGAAACAAGGCAGGACAGAAGUCUGGAAGGCAGGCUCAUCUGCAGGGCAACAGUCACGCUGGCCUAAAGCUAGAUGACAAUGACAAGACCCCAACACCCCCAUUGUUCCAGGAGAAUGUGUUCAUCGAGACCAGCAGGCCCAAGUAUCUGGAGGACCUUCACACCGAGGCGCUGCAAGGAUUGAAGAUGAUGCAGGAGGAAGAAACCAAUAAUGGAGUGGAGUACCAGGAUAGUGAAAGCACAAUUUCAAUGAUGACGAACCAAACAGACGGGGAAAGUGCAGGGUUUAUGACAGACAGCACGAUUCCUGACACAUCAUCAGUUGCCUCUGUGCAGUCAUCGGUGUCCACAAGAUCCUCUCGCUCUGGACUCACCAGGCAAGGUUCAACUUUCAGACCUUUGAACUCUGGGAAAAAGUCGGAAAAGACCAAGGGCAGAAGAAGACACAGGAAGACUGUUGUGGGUAUCCCACAUCAUGUUCAGAGGGAGCUGGGUCUGGACAGAGUUGACUGGACACUGGUGCCAAAGUUAGAUGAGGAACAGCUUUUUAAUGGCGAGACUGAUUACAGCCAAAAUACAGAUAGACAACAGAUGGGAUCAGAGUCAGAAGAAGGAACCAGUGCCAAUGUUCCGGGCAUGAGCAUUAUCCAGCCUCUCAACAAAGAAAAUGUCAAGCAGCUCGGUGCUACUCAUGCUCGUCAUAGAGACGACCUGGCCCUGCUGCACCACCUGGGUUCUGCCUUGGAAGAUGAUCAGAGACCUCGGUCUUUGGCCGUUCCCUGGUUGACCACUGCCUCCAGUCUUCAGCAGGAGCUACCCAGCCCUGUCAUGUCCAUGUCACCCCAGGCUGCUUACAUGUCCAAAAUCAUUCCCAAUGCCGUCUUGCCACCCUCAAUUGACGUGGUGGAAAUCAGCCGUGGGCGUAGUCGCAGCAGUGUCCGCACUGUUAGCAAAAGCAGCCUGCUGCUGUCUAGCCCAGCUCCGUCCCGUGCUUCUUCUAGAGCCUCUUCGGUCAGAACCACUUCUUCCAAAGUGUCAACCAUCACCUCUGCCUCUCGCAACAAUCCUCCAAAUCUUUCCGACACCUCUUGUUGGAGCAAUUCUGACUCGUCUGAGACCUUGGUGUCUGACUCUUCAACCAUCUCCAAUAGCAGCACCCCAAAGCAAAAGAGGUCUGAGAAUAGUGAUGCUUCUGCUAAGGAGAACAAAAUUCAGUCCUCUAUCAGCAAGGCCCCCAUAUCCACCUCCAAUGGCAGGCUCAUUGUAAGGGGAGAUGAGAUUAAGAAAGAUGGGCAGUUUGCACGUAGUCUGUCUGUCACAAAGCCAAAAAGGGCUCCUCCACCUCCAAGCCGCUCCUAUUCCCUCCACAGUAGAAUGAAGCGACAGUCACGUUAUCCGGAAGGGGUUAGGAUUGUGCCAGGAAAAUACAGCAACUCAGCCCCUGGUGAGGAAAAUGAGCAAGACACACCUGGAUCUUAUCCCUCCAAGACUCUGGACAGUCCUGGUUACAAUGCUGACACCAGUUCUCUGGAUGACUCCACAGGCUCUUCGUCAGUCAAUGCCUUUAAAUCUCAGUUGCAGGCAAUGAAAAUAGAGAAUGCUAAAAAGGAUGUAGAAACAGUUUCGCAAGAGAAGCAGGAACCGCUUAAGGAGAAUAAGCUAGACAAAGUAAUCUCCCCGGUCAGCGGCAACUCCAGCCAAGAUGGCACAUCCCCACAGCUUGCAAAACAACCCAAGAGUUCAUCUCCAAAGCACAAGAAAGGCUUUUUAGCAAAACUUCACAAGUUAUUUCCUGGAUCCUCUUCUGCACCACCACCAGAGGCUUCUAAAUAUAAGUCCACUGAGGAACGUAAACCUGAUUCAAAUGACACAGUUACUGUUAGUCCCUCCGUACAGGCCUUGAUAGAACUUUUCAAUAUCCCUCCACCACCUAAAGUCCAUGCACCUCCACCUCCUCCCCCUGAGGUAUGGGCUCACAGUUUGCGUUCAUGUGAGCUUAUCUUGGGACCCCCAGCCCCUGGCAAGACUUAUGCCAUUGCAAAGAAGAAUCCGAAGGACAGAAGACAACAGAGGCAGUCUCCUUCUGCAGCUACAGAGGAGUCAGCGAAGAGCUUGGUGGUAGAAAGAAAGCACAAAAAUCCAUCUGUGAUAGUUAAUGGAUUCCAUGUGCUGGAAGCAAAGAAAGUUCAAGAAAGUGGGAUUUUGAAUGCAGAGGUUUACAGAGAUAGCAAUGAAAGACUGGCUCAGAAUGUAGGUUUGAAUGGACAUAGUAAAGAUGAGAAAGGAAGAGUAAGUGAUGAAUUGAAUAGGAUGAUAGUGAAGGCUGUCGAAAAACGAGAAGAAAGGCUUGGAGUAAUGAAAGAAGCAGCAGCUAAGAAAACAGCCAGCCAAGCUACAGAGGUAAAGACUACCACUGAUACAUUACCUGCCAUUUCAUUUGUUCGCAUUUCUCCAGUGGACCAUCCCUCCCAGCCCCUCCCCAGACAGACCAAAGAAGUUGUUUCUGUUGCAUCUCCUGAGUCUUCCUGGCCCCCUCCACCUCCAGCACUAGCACAAGUUAGCCCCAGUGGGCUCAAUGAAAUAGAUUUCCCUCUUCCGCCGCCCCCACUGUUUGGUGACAAUUCACCAGUUAUACCUGUUCAGGAGCCACCAAAGUCCUCUCUCAGUGGUCUCACCUCUUGCACAACUACAUCUGUUGUAUCAGUAGUAAAAACGGAAAGUGUUAAGGUGAUCACUGGGCCUGAACCUCAGAAGUCCAGUACGUCUCAGGUGGUGGCUCCACCCCUGAAUAUCCCUCCUCCCCCACCAUAUACAGCUCCCCCUCCACCAAAUACAGAGGUUCUACCUAUUCAAACUAGUAAGGUUUCUCUGACACUUGAAGAGGGUUCUCCACCACCACCUGUAGAGUUUGGUCAUGUAAUACCCAAACAGCUGCCUUCACCUGUGAUUCAAGAUGUGCCCCCACCUGUUAAAGACAUCUCCUCCACACUGGUUACAUUAGUAUCUCCUUCACCCGCUAAAGAAGUCUCACCUCCCCUGCUUGUUGAGGUCUCCCAUCUGCCUUCCAGAGAGGUCCCUGCCUCAUCCUCUGAAGCGGUUACUCCUCCACCUUCUCAGGAAAAUACAUAUCAGUCCUCUGAAGAAGCUGAACCCAGCAGCAAGGUCACUCCACCACAAAGUAUUCCACCUCCACCACCCCUGCCAUCACACCCACAGUCAUCAGAGCAGAAAAUUAAGCUUCCACAAGAGAACAUCUCCUUCAAAUCUGAAACUAACACAGUAUCUAACAGUAUUCUCAUGCCCCCUCAGAAUAUUCCCCCUCCACCUCCCAUAGAGCUUCUCCACCAGCCUAAGGUAGUAGCCCCCAAAACAGAUGUUCCACAAACUCAGGAGGCCCCAAAAACAGAUGUUCCAACAACCCAGGAGGUCCCCAAAACAGAUGUUCCACAAACUCAGGAGGCCCCCAAAACAGAUGUUCCAACAACCCAGGAGGUCCCACCACCUCCAUUUGAAGUCCCAAUGCCACCACCACCACCUGAAGCUUCUUCACCAAAGACUAAGGAACCUGUUUCUUCUAUACCCAUAAACAUUCCUUUACCUCCACCUUUACCAGUUCAGGGUCAUGCCAGCAUUAAGCACCAGCCUAUUCCUUUGAGCACAGAAAAUAAAAGCCAGGAGCAGACUUCUGCCCCUGUUGUACAAGAACCCAUGCGCAUUGUCACCCCUUCCCUCCUGCAGAUGGUCAAGCUGCGGUCUGUCAGCAACAACCCUGAGCUCCCUAAAACUGAAGAGCAACCACAGACUGACGUCACAAUCAGCAAUCAGGUCCCAUCCUCAGCUGUCAGUGGUGAGGCUCCUCAGAAGCCCAUCAGAAGAUCUUUAAUCAUGACCUCUCCGGCACCCAUUCCUCCACCUGAAACAGUCCCUUCACAGCCGACUCUGCCCAAGUCCCAGUCUGAUGUGGUUCCACCUGCGUCUUCUUCCACAGUCACCUCCCCUAAGAAUAAGGCUUAUCCUGCUGUGAACCCUACUCGUUCCAUGAACCUACAGGAGGCCAUCCGCAUGAGGACAGCAGCUAGAUCAAAAGAAAGUCCUGCAUCUCGCCUCAGCUUGCCCUCACCAACAUCACCACUGGACCUUCACAAGUCACCCAGCAGUACUGCAAGCUUUAUCUUUUCCAAGAGCAAUAAGAAGGUUGUCAUUGAUCCCAAGCCAGUGCUGGGGGCCAAGGAAGAUGUACAGAAGGUGAUCAGUGAAGCAGAUAAGGGAGUCAGGGUGCCACCACCUGUUGCAAAGAAACCCAAAACAAAGGGCAAAGAGGUUGAGACUAGUGAAGGCAUGGACCAAACUCCAAAACUGGAAACACAGCAGGAGAGUAUCCAAGAUGCUGCAGAGAAAACAAAUGAGACAGCUGGUACUGGUGGAGGAGGGAUGUCAUCAACAUGAUUGUGAAGACUGAAGGAGAACCCUGCAAGUGUGUGUGUGUGUGUGUGUGUGUGUGUGUGUGUAGGGGGAUAAACUGGAUUUGGAUAGAUGAGAUGCUUCAUUCAGAAACUGCUGUUUGAAAGGUUUUGGAGUCGUUUCAAUUUAAUGGUGUGGGUCCUAAUUUUCUUAAGAGCUCAUUUUGCAUUUUAUAAAGAGUUGUAUAUUUUCUUUAUCAGAGGGUCUUUGUUGCCCUCUAGUGUCAAAUAGUGAUUGUACCACUUUAACGUCCUGCUGAAUCAAACCUUUAGUCAGUACUUGGAACAAUGGGACUUUUGGGCGCUCAUCUGUAAAUAUAGAAACAUUAUGUUUAUUUAACAUAUCCACUACUGGUGGAUUUCUUUUACAGAGCUAUGCUCUGUAUAUUUUCCAAGAGUUUCCACUUAAAUUGUAUUUGUUCCUAAAAACUAUUAAUUAUCUUAAGUUAUUUUUUCCUGUCAUGUUUAGAGGACGACCUCUACAGUCUUCUUUGCAAUGUUUGCUAAAGAAUAACACAAUAAAAAAAAAAAAAGUCUGUUUGCAUUGCUCUACAAACAUAUCCAAAGUUAUGUUUUCAAAUUCCACACAGGUCACACACUAGAAUGAUUAUAGUGCACAUUUUCUGCUACUUUAGUUACGGAGAAUGGAGGCAAUGCCUUUCUUCCCAGUUAUGGCUUAAACUGUGGGGUAUUUCUGUAUUAAGCUGGUUUUGCAGACAACUGUAAGAAUCAUUUAUAAAGAAAAAUUAAAGAUUUAUUGAUGAACUGAA